GGACAGACAGAGAGGGAGGCGGUACUAAGUGUCCUCCAGUCAUCCUCUCAGUUGCCUCUGUUCAUUAGUAUGCAGCAACUGAACGGAGGCAGACAGGGCAGUAUAAGGAACCCGUCAGAAAUCACUUAACAAUUAAUAUGAGGAGUAAACCGACGAUCUGAAGGACCUUAAAGCUCUGGAUUUUUCCCGCACUGGAUAUUUUCUCUCAUUUAUUCGCGCCGGAGGAAUAUGUACCCUUAUUAACGUUAUAUCUUUUGCCAUUAACGGUCCUUCUUUUUUUCUUCCAGAGUAGCUAGCAUAAAACCAUACCUGGCACAGGUCUCAUGUAGUCUGUUUUUACUCGCUUCUGUAGAUAGCAAGCUAAGCCAGCGGGCGCUUAAAUAGAGAAUACAUUUAGCUUUCUUUUUUUUUUUUAAACAAAAAAAAAUCUGAUUCCUUGUUCUUCCCAGGAGGUAGCCAAGCCCAGUCGCUGACAUCUGAAACAGCUGGGUCGUGUCGAGAAGAUUGUGGAUUAAGGUCCCCCCCCCUCCCAUAGACCCGAAUACCUCCAAGAAACCCCGGACGUCUUUUACAGUGGCCGUUAGCCAAAAUGAGCGUCGGUUUAAUUGAAUCAGCUACAUGAGUGGAGCCUAAACAAACACACAUUUCUCCCAAGGAGUGCACAUUUUAUUUCCAUAUCUGCUGAAAUAAACGACGCCAUCUCCCCUUGGAAAAUAUGGAAAGCGAGGUUUUCACCCCUUUGCUGGAGCAGUUUAUGCUCACGCCUCUGGUCUGCUGGGUGAAGACAGUCGGGCAGCCGACAGUGACCGAUGGCACCAAAUUAUCGGAAUAUAUUGAAUUAGUCGAUGGGAUUUACCUGAACGAGAUAAUGCUUGAGAUAAAUCCUAAGGCCACAGUGCAGAGGACCAAUAAGAAAGUGAACAAUGACCCCACACUGCGCAUCCAGAACCUUUCUAUUCUCAUCAGGCAGAUUAAAGCCUACUAUCAGGAGACUCUCCAGCAGCUGGUGAUGAUGCCUUUACCAAAUGUGCUGGUACUGGGCCGGAACCCUCUGACUGAGCUAGGUCUGGAGGAGAUGAAAAAAUUGUUGCUGCUGCUACUAGGCUGUGCAGUCCAGUGCGAGAAGAAGGAAGAGUACAUUGAGCGUAUACAGACUUUGGACUUCGACACCAAAGCUGCCAUAGCAUCCCACAUCCAAGAGGUGACUCAUAAUCAGGAGAACGUAGUGGACCUACAGUGGUUGGAAGGUGGGGAAAUGCCUCCUGAGGACCUGGACAGCCUCUCCAGAAACCUGGCUAUCCACCUCAAACACCUGGUGGAUGAGAGGGACACACAGCUGGAGACUAUAGUGGAGUUAACCCAGGAGAGAGACUGCGUGCAGCUGUCUCCACUGGCUCCCUGUCCGACCCAGUCUCCCGGUGACUCCCCCAGUAUGAGGAGGACCGAAAGCCGACAGCACCUCUCUGUGGAGUUGGCAGAUGCCAAGGCCAAGAUCAGACGCCUUCGACAAGAACUAGAGGAGAAGAGUGAGCAGCUUUUGGACACCAGACAGGAGCUUGAGAACAUGGAAGUGGAGCUCAAGAGGCUUCAGCAAGAAAGCUACCAGUUGCUCUCGGACGCUCGGUCGGCCCGGGCCUACCGUGACGAGCUAGACGCACUCAGAGAGAAAGCCAUCCGUGUCGACAAGCUGGAGAGCGAGCUGAGCCGAUACAAGGAGAGACUUCAUGACAUUGAGUUUUACAAGGCCAGAGUCGAGGAGCUGAAGGAGGACAACCAGGUCCUGUUGGAGACUAAGGCCAUGUUGGAGGAGCAAUUGGAUGCUACCCGGACCCGGUCUGACAAACUGCACCUCCUGGAGAAAGAGAAUCUGCAGCUCAAAUCCAAGAUCCAUGACCUGGAGAUGGAGCGGGACAUGGACCGUAAGCGUAUGGAGGAGCUGUUGGAGGAGAACCUUGUGCUUGAGAUGGCCCAGAAACAGAGCAUGGAUGAGUCCCUGCACCUGGGCUGGGAGCUGGAGCAACUAUCCAAGACACCAGAACUUACUGAAGUCCCUCAGAAGUCUCUGGGCGAGGAGGUGAAUGAGUUGACCUCGAGCCGUCUGUUGAAGCUGGAGAAAGACAACCAGACCCUGCUGAAGACUGUGGAGGAGCUCAGAGGAGCAGCCAGUCAGGACACCCUGACAAAACUGGCCAAAGUCAGCCAGGAAAACCAGAGACUGAACCAGAAAGUGGAGCAGCUGGGGAGUGAACUGGCAGCAGACAGAGAGUCACUCCGCAGCGCCGAGUCACUCAGUACUGACCUGAUGAAGGAGAAGGCUUUACUAGAGAAGACUCUGGAAACACUCAGAGAAAACUCUGAGAGACAGCUGAAGGGUCUGGAGCAGGAGAACAAGCACCUGGGCCAGACGGUGUUGUCUCUGCGUCAGCGCUGCCAGGUUGGUGCUGAGGCUCGGGUCAAGGAUGUGGAGAAAGAGAAUCGCGUUCUCCACGAGUCCAUCUGUGAGACAACAGCCAAACUCAAUAAGAUGGAGUUUGAAAGGAAACAACUACGUAAGGAGCUUGAAGUAAUGAAGGAGAAAGGUGAGAGAGCAGAGGAGUUGGAGAUUCAGAUGCAGAAGCUGGAAAGGGACAACGAGAGCCUGCAGAAGAAAGUUGCCAGUCUUGGAAUCACCUGUGAAAAGGUGUCUUCUUUGGAGAAGGAGAACACUGAGCUGGAGGCAGAGGGCCGUCGUCUGAAGAAGAAGUUGGACGCUCUGAAGAACAUGGCCUUCCAGCUGGAGGCUCUGGAAAAGGAAAACUCCCAGCUGGAGCAGGAGAACCUGCAGCUUCGGCGCUCGGCUGAGAGUCUCCGGUCAGCAGGGGCUAAGGCUGCUCAGCUGGAAGCGGAGAACAGGGAGCUGGAGAGCGAGAGGAGCCAGCUGAAGCGCAGUCUGGAACUGCUCAAAGCCUCAUCCAAGAAGACGGAGAGAUUAGAGGUGAGUUACCAGGGCCUAGAUACAGAGAACCAGCGCCUGCAGAAGGCUUUAGAGAACAGCAGCAAAAAGAUCCAGCAGUUGGAGGCAGAGCUGCAAGAGGUGGAGACUGAAAAUCAAACCCUGCAACGCAACCUGGAGGAGCUCAAGAUCUCCAGUAAACGCCUGGAGCAGCUGGAGCAGGAGAACAAGAUUCUGGAGCAGGAAAGCUCCCAGCUAGAGAAAGACAAGAAGCUUCUGGAGAAGGAGAACAAGCGGCUGAGGCAGCAGGCCGAGAUCCGCGACUCUAAGCUAGAUGAUAACAACCAGCGGAUCUCCACCUUGGAGAAAGAGAAUCGGACCAUGGGCAAGGAGAUGAUCUUCUUCAGGGACUCCUGCACAAGAGUCAAAGACCUGGAGAGAGAGAACAAGGAGCUGGUCAAACUGGCCACCAUUGAUAAGAAGACCCUCAUUACACUCAGAGAGGAGCUUGUGAGUGAGAAGCUGCGGACUCAGCAGAUGAAUAAUGAUCUGGAUAAACUGACCCAUGAGCUAGAGAAGAUUGGACUGAACAAGGAAAGGCUGCUGCAUGACGAGAGCUCUGACGACAGGUUUAAGCUCUUGGAAACCAAACUGGAGUCGACUCUGAAAUCAUCUUUGGAGAUUAAAGAGGAGAAGAUCGCCGCCCUAGAGGCCAGACUGCAGGAGUCCUCAAACCUUAACCAGCAACUUCGCCAGGAGCUCAAGACCGUGAAGAAAAACUACGAGGCGCUGCGUCAGAGAGAGGAGGAGGAGAGGAUGGUGCAGAGCUCGCCCCCUAGAGGAGGGGAGGACCCUCAGGCUGUCAGUAAAUGGGAGAAAGAGAGUCAUGAAGCCACCAGGGAACUGCUUAAAGUCAAAGACAGACUCAUUGAGGUGGAAAGGAAUAAUGCCACGCUGCAGGCUGAGAAGGCAGCCCUGAGGAGCCAGCUCAAACAACUGGAAACUCAAAGCUCCAACCUGCAGGCUCAGAUAGUGGCCGUGCAGAGACAGACUGCUUCUUUACAGGAGAACAAUACAACACUACAGACGCAGAACGCCAAGCUGCAGGUGGAGAACUCCACCCUGAGCUCACAGAGUGCAGCCCUCAUGGCCCAGAAUGCCCAGCUGCAGAGCCAGCAGAGCAGUGUGGAGGGUGAGCGCGAGGGAGCUCUGAAGGAGAAAGAGGAGCUGAGGGCAACCUACGAGCUGCUCCUCCGCGAUCACGAGAAGCUGGCGGCGCUCCACGAGAGGCAGGCGGCAGAGUAUGAAGCUCUGAUCGGAAAGCAUGGGGGCCUGAAGAGCUCCCACAAGAGCCUGGAGCAGCAGCACAGGGACCUGGAGGACAAGUACAAGCAGCUCCUGCAGAGGAGGGGGGAGUUGGAGGAGCUGGAGAAAAAUCUGAAGGAUCAGCGGGAAAAAAUGGCGCUGGAGAACCAAACGCACCAAGCCACAGCUGACCAGUGCAAACUGCUCAAAGAGGAAAAUGAAAGACUGAAUACUAGCUAUCGUCAGCUGGUGAAAGACAACGAGAAUCUCCAGCUGGACCAUAAGAACAUAAAGAGCCAGCUAAACAGCGCCACGCUGGAGCAGACCAAGCUGGAGGCCGAAUUCUCUAAACUGAAGGAGCAGUACCAGCAGCUGGACAUCACCUCCACCAAGCUCACCAACCAGUGUGAGUUGCUGAGCCAGCUGAAAGGAAACCUGGAGGAGGAGAAUCGUCACCUGUUGGACCAGAUCCAGACUCUGAUGCUACAGAAUCGCACACUCCUGGAGCAGACCAUGGAGAGCAAGGACCUGUUCCACGUAGAGCAAAGACAAUAUAUAGACAAGCUGAAUGAGCUGAGGAGACAGAAAGAGAAGCUGGAGGAGAAGAUCAUGGACCAGUACAAGUUCUACGACCCCUCACCUCCACGCAGGCGUGGCAACUGGAUCACUUUGAAGAUGAGGAAGUUGAUCAAGCCGAAGAGCCGGGAGAGGAUGCGCUCUCUUACACUGACUCCCUCUCGUUCAGAGUGUGGCGACGGUUUCCUGACCUUCCCCCAGGACAGCCAGGACAGCUCGUCCAUAGGCUCUGGCUCCAACUCGCUGGAUGAUACACUUACACAAAAGAGGAGCAGCACUAUAAAAAGGUUGCCUUUCAUGAGGAACAGAUCCAAGGACAAAGACAAGGCCAAGGCCAUCUACCGGCGCUCCAUGUCUAUGAAUGACCUGCUGCAGACCAUGGCGGUGGCGGGCGGUCCCGGGGCUCAGUGGGCGGGCAGCAUCGAGAAUCUCGAUGGCACUGAGGCCGGGGAUGCCAGCAUGACAAGCAGCAGCAGGCGCGGCGGGCAACGCAUGAAGGAACUCGCCUUUUCUACCAACGCCAUUGACUGUGCUGCCCUCACCCUGCCCACUGCAGGGCAUAGCAGGGCCAAGCUCCGGCUUCAGGUCAAAGCUAAUGCCUCCUGUGAGGAUGUUGCCGGCUCCUUUGAUGACCCCAAGAGUCAAGCCUCCAGACCCUCCAGUCUCCAUAGCAACAGGACCACCAGUAGCAAUAGUAACAAUAACUCCCACCUCACUUCUCCUCUGGAGGGCAAAGGCACGAUGAAUGGCAGCCUCAGCAGGCCUCACAGUGAGAGCAGUGGAGAGUUCAGCCUGAGUUUGGACCAGGAAGUGUGGUCCAGCAGCGGCAGCAGCCCAGUCCAGCAGCCCACCUCCUCACGCUCCUCCCACCAGAGCCCCCUACAGCUGCGCAGGUCCCUCGACCCGUCCACCGCCGCAGGCAGCCUCACCCAGACCCAGAUCAGGAAGACGGGAUCCCCAGCCAACGAGGUGCUUUCCCUGAAGCAGUUCCUGGAUGAGGGUAUUGAUCCUGCAGAGUCUGGCAGUCAAGAGAACCUCACUGUGGACUCUCCUCGGCUCUCCGCUUCUUCUGAGCAUGUGCAGAAAGAACAAACUUCCACAAAGGGCCGGGGCAUAUUACGCUCAUCCAGUGGGAAAGCAGCGCUGGUCAGCUCUGAUCGCCCACCGCGAUCCGCUGGACAACCGGGUCGCCCAACCCUGCGUAAGGCGGAGAGCACCCGUGUGAAAGGCUCCGUCCCGAUCCGCUCCAGCCUAUCCUCACAGGGCAAAGCCACGUCAGUCUCCGAACGCCUGGACUCUGCUUCCUCCACGCUGCCCCGGGCCAGCAGCGUCAUCUCCACUGCCGAGGGCACCACACGACGCACCAGCAUCCACGACCUGCUCUCUAAGGACAACCGGCAGCCCGUGUCCGUCGACGCUUCUCCUCCCGUCGCUCCCACCAAGGCUGGGGUACGCUCCCAGCAUACACCCAGUGAGUACCACCCCAACAGCACCAACCUAAAGGGACCCCUUACUACCACCACCACCCCCCUGCCCAAGUCACUCAGCUUACCUUGCCAUAGCGUGGAGGAUCCCGACCUCUCCACCCUCGAGUCUUUCCUUGGCCCUUCCUUUACUGUAGAGUCGGUUUUCAUGGACUCCAUCUUUAGUGAGUCCGCGGGCAAAAACCUCCCCUUCUUGUCUAUAAACCCCACCCUAGUCAGCAACAUCAGUGGGCCUCCUGUUACAAAUAAAACACACCCUCCUCCUAUCCCGAACCACAUUUCCACCCAAAACCAGGCCCCUCACAGCCAACCAAAUGGCCAGAUGAGAUCCAGCCCAGCCAGUCUGAAGGAGUAUAAUGAGGGCGUUGAUCCCAAUUGUGUGAAUAAUUCGGACCAGUCACUGAGCCCAGAGGACAGCCAGUCUCUGUGGUAUGAGUACGGGUGUGUGUGAAUGACAGGGAGGUUCUGGCUUGCUGAUCUUAUUACAAGACUUGACUUAAAGAGGGGAGAAUGAAAGGAUGGAUAAAUGACAAAUCCUCCUCCUCUGCAUGUAUUUAUUAGCGCACUGUCUAUCUCUGUGUGGUGCAUUUGUUUUGUUCUUUUCUGUUUGCCAUGGUGCUGAUAGGUGUUUUAUUUUAUUUUUUUUUCUGCCUUGUUCUUUUCUCUGAGGUGGGACUUUGAUGAAUGUUCUUCCGUCCAACAACUUUUACCAUAUUGUUUUCAUCAUCAAAUCCAUUUCACUGGCUAACACUAUACUAUUAUCUGUAGUUUGGGGUUUAUGCAUCACAGUUAAGGCUUAUUAUUUCUGUUUAUAGCUUAAAUCUUAGUUUAAGUUUUAAGUGGGUAGAAAUAUUGAAUAAUCUGUCACCAGGAUCCAUAAAAAAACAGAACAUCUUAAUGUCAGAAAUAGCUGUGUCUGAUAGAGAGCAAAGCAUUGUGAGACACAUCUCGCAGGAGCUAUUUCUUCAUUACAAAUCCAAAUUAAACAUUUUCAAUGUGUCAGAUAAUAGAUCCACUUUCCGUUUUCUGUUUAUGAUGUCUCGAUGUAUGGGGGAUUGUCUUUUUCACUGCUUUUUAACUCAGUUGCAUCAUCCACUAAAUUGCACGGCUUUGUUCUGUCUGACCUGAAACGCUCAUUUUGAUUGCUGUGAUCAAAAUGGUCAUCAUGUUUAUCUUCCUUUUUUGUUUUUUAUUGCUGGUGUGUACUAUUUGUUUUUGUACAUUUGACACCUUUUCUGUAUUUUCUUUUAUAUAUUAACUGGGGCAUUUGCUCUGGUGGGUCUUAACUGACCUCUUGGGCUGGUGACAAAAUGAUGAAGCUUCAUUCCCCAAAAUGAUCUGAAGGAGGGUAAAGUUGGCUAAGUGAAAGUUGACAGUGAAGGUAGUGGAGUAUGUUUUAGGCCAUCCUUGAUAGUUAUUAAACAGGGAGUCAAUAUAGUAAGUUGAGAAUAAUUUUCAGUGAUCAGACUGUUUUGUGAAUGAAGCUAACAUCAUUUCUUUUGGUAUCUGGAAACUUUUAUUUACUCCCCCCGAUGCACCACAACUUGAGAAUGGAUAAUCUUGUACAGAUUGUUAUAAUCAUUAAGUUAUAAUCAAAGACGAGCACUGCUUUAUGUGCCAAUACUAGUAGUACUGUCCACCUCUAGAUCCUUAUUUAUUUCUGCUUUUGUACUCUGUACUUGCUGUUUUGCAGAUGCUUUAUUGUAUUUAUCUUAAUCUACAGUAUAUGCAGGUAUAAAGGAAAUGAAAAUGUUCUUGUCACUGUCUACAGAUGUAACAUAAACAUUGCCUUUGUCCUACAGAUGUGGAGGGCAGAAAGUCUAAAAGCAGGAGCGGGGAGCCGCAGCAAAGCUGCUAAACCCCGCCCCCACCACCCUCGUCUAUCUGCUACCAUGCUGUGAGCGCGUGGUGAGUGGGUGCUGCUCGAGCGGGAGGAAUAGGGAUCGGGAUAGGGGGGGCUUCGGUCUUGUCUCCAUGGGAACCUAAAACAUGGUGUAACAGAUGUCGUUCAUCCUGCCGUGCAUUUGCUCCUCCCCCCCCCCCCCACACUGUCCUGUUCGUCGCCCCACUGUCCCUGUGGUGCCAAACACCUGUUCACAGAGCCUGACGGGACCCUGGUCUGCAUGGCAUAUGGGCCGUUUUACCAUGUUGCUCUGAGUGGAUGAACGCUUUGCCUGUUUGUGUCCCCAAAUCCCCCAAUAAGAGGAGUUCUAUGACUCCAGCACCUCACCGUAUCUUUCCUCCAUUAUGCUUCUUGUGUUGUUGGUGCAGGUGACUGCUGAGUGUUUCCUACUGGGGAAAAAAUUAGGCCCUUUGCUGUUUUCAGGCUGCUUGUUGUUGCUGCGUGGCUUUGGUGUAGCUCUGAAAUCCUUCCCCCUUCUUGUUCCCUUGACAACGCAUGUAGAUCCAGGCUGGCUGCUUCCUUCUGUCUCCUCUUGUAUAGCACUGUUUACUGAUAUAGUUUCUGACUUUUAACUUUUAACUCUUUUUUUUCUCUCUUUUUCUACUUUCUGUGUUGUGUUCUAUCUUGUUUCUUUCAUCUUUGCCUGUUUACUUUCUAAUCGGUCUCUUUUUCUUUCUUUUCUUACUCUUUCCACUCCUCUUUGCUUGCCUGGGACUCAGAGAGAAAGGUGGCCUUGGAGCUGUGUGUCUGAAGCCUAGUACAGUUAAUCUGCUGAGACCGUCUACAGUGAGAAAAGAUUGUAUAUCCCAAUUUCCUUUUUCUUCCUUUUUUUUUGUUAAACCCAGGACACUUCAGUAGAGAAAAGUGGCUUCCUUCUCUGUUUUGUUUUUCUUCCUUGAAUCAAGGAAACGACAGAAAAAUACUAGAAAAUGUUGCAGUGACAGUUUUUUCCCCCAUAAAGACGAAAGCUGUGGCAGAUUGCACUGCCAUGUGUUUUUCAGUGUGACGGACUGCUAGAUGUGCACUAGUCUCUACAGACUAAGAUUAAAGUGCCAAUGUUCACACAACAGCCAAAAGCGCAAUCUUAAACCAGACUGAUGACUCCAUUUUGGAUCUUCUGUGCAACUUCAAAGACAGCUGGACGUUCUUCCGCCCAACGCCAUGAUCAUAAACAAUGAGUCUUUCUAUAAAUGGGCAGCACGCACAAGCAAAGACGACAUUUUAUAGCAUGUCAGCAACGAACAUUUCCGACCCAACCUAUCAGACUAAAGAAUCACAAUCUGCAUGGAGCAAUCAAUCAGCCAAUCACCCCACUUCCUUUAUCCAAUCAAAGAGGAGGACAGUGUUCAGUGGGGAUUUAACUUGCCAGGACGCCAAAUGGACUUGGACAGGAAGCCAUGACAGCUGUGUGAUUGAUUAGUGUCUGUUGCCUGCCAUCACGAGUGAUGGUUGUGUGAUCUGAGCGCACGAGAGAGAGAGAGCCUAAUCAUGGGAGUGUUCCAGGUCACCUAUAUGACAGUUUGCAGCCAUGGCUCAUGCCACCACAGACACCCUGGAAAAAAACCUACACUACUGUUCAUCUUAGCUGAAAUCUUCAUCAAAAUCGUCAUAGAUCGUUGAAUAGCAUCUCAUUUAUCGCUUCCUAUCCUGCUCAGAAAAUAACACUAAAAAGCACUCACAGUUCAUUAACAUCAUACAUCACAGUAUUGUGUAUUUACUUUCUGAGAAGGCACUCGGUGAGAAACAGUUAAUGAAUCUGACUGGAGUAUAGGUGACCUGUAAUCUGCCUAGUACAUACAGAACAUGUGCAGAUUUCUGUUGCUGUGUUGAACAUGAUGGUGAUGAGACCCAGUGUUUUCCUCUUUUUCCACUUUUACAUAAAUCCAUUUGAUGUAAUUAAAAUUCAUCAAGACUA